UCUUUUGACUUCAACAAAGAUAAAAAGGAUGAGGGAAGAUGUCGGUUUAGUCGGACAUUUUAGCAGCGAGUAUUUCCGGACAAAAUCACCUUAUUGAGAAAUGUACGGGGUUGUAUUUCCUGUGUGUCGACGUUUGCAGUCAAUUGCACGCCUCUGACUGGACAGGGCGGAGUGAUGUUUAAGUUCCGGUAAAAUGGCAGUGAGAAAAUGGGAAUUGUACGACAUGUAGAACCACAAAGCUUUUGUUAUACACCGGAGACGAUAAUGGGAAUCGAGUAACAGCGUGGCACGGGAGAAGUGUCAGAAAUUACAAUGAGGACGCUAUUAACGAUCUAUUGUCUGGUCCUUGUUUCCGGCGAAGCGGACCGGGCGUCGGCCGCUGGAAGCCAGAUCAGCAAUCCCUUCAAUUUGACGGCAGACAGCAACAGGUAUAUCACAAUCGGAGACGAUUCGUCACAAGAAUUCGAGUUCCCUGAAAACACCAAGGGCGUAAUUGUCAUCUCCAGCCAUUACCGAAACGCAACAGCUAACAGGAAAGGCCGUCAGAGAUGGAAACAGAUUGUAAAAGUGCACUCCUUGGACCCAGAAGUCCUCUCCAUCCUGAAUGUGAGCGACAGUGGUCAUGCAGGAUCUGCAAGGAGCUACAUCAUCGGUAUCCUCUCUGGUUUCCCAGGAAGGGCUCAGCUUCAGAUCCAGCUAUUGGACCUGUACCAAGACAUUUUGCCUAUUCUGAUUGAGGAGAGGACAGAUUACUGCAUCGUGGUGACCCCUGGGAAUGAUGACCCAGCCACACAACUCAUCAGGUCAGGUGGACUGUCCCAUUUCUCAGAGAACCCUGUGCUAUUUGCUUUGCUACCACUCAUCUUUGUCAACAAGUGUGCCUUUGGAUGUAAGGUGGAGGUUGAGGUACUGAAAGCUCUACUGAAGAGCCCUGUACCUCUGCUCCUCGGGGUCCUGGGUCAGUUCCUCGUGAUGCCUUUGUAUGCUUACAGCAUGUCUCGGCUGGCCUCUCUACCUAAAGCGCUCUCUUUAGGGCUGGUGAUCACAUGCUCUUCCCCGGGCGGCGGCGGUGGCUACCUUUACAGUCUGCUUCUAGAAGGAGACGUCACCCUUGCAAUCUCAAUGACCCUGGCGUCUACAGUGGUGGCGGCUGCGGCCAUGCCUCUAUCAUCGGCUCUGUAUGGUCAUCUGCUGGGGGUGCAUGCUGCGUUGCAUGUGCCAUUUGUGAAGAUUUUUGGCACGCUCCUCUUCAUUGCCAUCCCAAUUUCUCUUGGCAUGCUGGUCAAGCUACGCCUGCCCGCCCUCACUCGUGUGUUGUUAGGACUCAUAAGGCCCUUCAGCUUCGUGCUCAUUAUUGGUGGCAUCUUCAUGGCUUACCAAAUGGGUGCAUCCAUACUAGCCAACGUCAGGCCCCAGAUUGUGGCUGUCGGUUUGACAGUGCCCUUGCUUGGGUUGCUCGUUGGUGCGAUUCUGGCUAAGUUGGUGGGAAUGGCACCAACACAGAGGAAGACUGUGAGCAUUGAGGUGGGCGUCCAGAACAGCUUGCUGGCCCUCGCUGUCAUGCAGCUAUCCUUCCGCCGGAUGGAGGCUGACUUUGUGUCACAAGCUCCUUUUAUUGUGGCCCUCAGCAGCACAUCGGAGAUGCUUCUCAUUGUUCUAAUGUAUUACACUCGGCACUGGUUGUGUGGGCCCUCUGUCCCAAGAAGUGACACCUGAUUGUAGCUCUAAUUUCUUACUUUUUUUAAAAAACCUGUUAAACCUACCUGGGGGGCAGCUUGUACUGUUUUGCAUGCCUGGUUGUUUUCAGUUUUUAGCAGGACAGCAGUGGGUGCCUUUUUGUAAAAUAUUCCUUUCAUAUUUUUCAUGAAAACCAAUGGCCUUAUCCCUGCCUGAGCCCUUUUUGCCUCAUUUCUGUGAGUAUUAUACUGUGAGCUACGUUGUAUAACAUAUACCAAGAAAGAAAUACCUAUAUAAGAACAUAUAUUUUUGUACUAAAUUACUUUUGUAAACAUAACACACAGAUUGAUUUGUAUGAUGUUUACAAGCGGUUCAAUGUGUCUUAGUGGGGGUGAGGGGGUUGAAAAUGAGACUUUUGUGCUUUAAGUGAGAACAUAAUGAUAUUUUGAAAGUAUUGUUUGUGCUUGGAUCUUUUUCCACAUACUUGAAUAUUAAGGAAGUGAAAUGGAAAAAAUAAAAACAUCAAAACAACAA